AUGGAAGUUACCAACUUCGCUAUGCAGGCAAACAUUCCGUUCAACUUCACCCAGAGCAUGGCCUCAUUCAGUUCCUCCUGGCAGCCACCCGUCACGUCUCGCCCCUACCGCGUUAAUCUCCCGGAGGCGAAACAAGUUGACGCGAUCCUUGACCAAUAUCUUGUGGCAGGUUUGAUCCAACAUUCGACCUCGCCUUACUCGAGCCCUUUGGUAGUCAUACCGAAGAAAUCUGGUGGUGUUCGCACCACCGUCAAUUAUCGCAAGCUCAACAAGCUUUGUGCUUUGAGUCAGCUUCCGAUUCCUCGAGUCGAUGAUACUUUGGACAAGUUGUUGAAAGGGCGAAUUUAUUCAAUUUUUGACAUGAAAUCUUCGUUCCACCAAAUCACGGUGCACCGCGAUACAAUCCCUUUGACGGCAUUCGUGACGUCUUUCGGGCUUUUCGCGUGGUUGAAGAUGCCUCAAGGUAGUUCGGCUGCCUCUGGGUGGUUUUGCAAAGUUGUCAAGGAAGUCAUCAAAAAUCUCCGCGGUGUUGCAUCGUACUUGGAUGAUUUGAUCGUCUUUGAUGUCACCCCUGCUACUCAUGUUGGUACCAUGCGCGCACUCUUUGAGCGCUUGCGUGCGCACAACUUGAAACUCACGCCUCCGAAAGCUACUAUUGGCGCUACUGAAGCAGACUUCCUCGGACACACCAUCUCCCCUGACGGCGUUAGGCCUAACGGUGCCAAGGUUUCGGCCCUCACCAAAAUGCCUAUGCCCAAGGAUGUCAAGCAACUACGUUCCGUUCUCGGUGGUCUCAGCUACUACCGUAAGUUCCUCCCCAACAUGGCUAAACGCAUUCGACCUCUAACUACUCUACUCAAGAAGCAGGAGAAGUUUAUCUUUACCCCUUCCAUGGAGCAAGCCGUUCGCGUUUUGUUAGCUGAGUUGGCCAAUCCUCCUGUUUUGGUUUAUCCAGAUUGGGAUGCCUUUCAGACGGCUCGCGACCUUUUCAUCUUUACGGUGAUGCUAGUCGCGAUGGGUUUGGUGGGACUCUCGAACAAGAACAGCCAGAUGGUCCCACUCGCCCAAUUGUCUUCAUCAGUCGGGCUACUUCGGACUCAGAACGUCACUGGAUUCCCCUCGAUCUCGAGGCGGGUAGCAUCGUGUGGUGUAUCAAGCGCCUUCGCGGUUACUUGUGGGCGCUGGCUGGAAUUUCUUACCGCCUACAACUACACUCUCGAGUAUCGCAAGGGUUCCGCAAAUGGCAACGCUGAUUUCCUCUCACGCCUCCCAGUCGCUGCGGCUGAAUGCGACUGUUCGGGUCGCAGCCGUCUGACCCCGGCUGAGGAUGAGGAGGCGGUGUUUUUAAUCCGUUCGUGUGGCCUUACCCUUUCCGGUGAUCGGGCCGCGGACCGUUUCAGCCGCCGUGCUGAUACGUACGCGGUUACGGCUGCAGAAUUCACCGCCGAAGGCGCCGCUGACAUUCUUGUCAACAGGUAUAUCCCUUUGUGGGGUUGCUCGUUGAGUCUAUUGUCUGACAACGGCUCUCAGUUUUGCUCUAAACUGUCCCAAGCCGUGUAUGCCCGUCUUGCUAUCCGCAAAGUGGCUACUAGUUCGUACCAUCCCAAUGGAAACGGGGGUGUGGAGCGUGUCAACCACACUAUGGCUCAGAUGUUGGCUAUGGUCGUCAACGAACGACAAGAUGAUUGGGACAUUCAUCUCCCACACGUCGCGUUUGCUUACAACAAUUCCGUUAGCGCCGCUACCGGUUUAGCGCCCAAUGAGGUUCGCCUGACCAACAUCGCCAAACAAAUCGCCGUUAUCGUGCGAUGCGCAUUUGGGCCGCUACCAGGGAAUUGGCGCGUGCUCAAGGUGCGCGAGCUUUGCCUUCGGGCUACUCGCUUGUUUCCCGUUCAACAUGGGACCGUCGCUCCGCCAACACUCCUCUACCUGUGGGCGCCUUCUUCUGGUACAAGACACGAGAUGGACUCUGGUGGUUGGGCAAGAUUUCUGGACCACCUCUGCCGUCCUACUUCUACGUCGUCCUCUUCUUGGUCUAUCCUGGACUUGUCAAGCUCGCCCUUCCCGAUGUUCGCUUUUCUGCCGUAG